UUGCAGAUAGAAUAUGAUAGGAAGCGGAUGGAAAGUGGCGCGAAAGUUAUCAUGGGCACUGAAAAAGUCAAACCUUCAGCGUUUUUAGUGCAAGGAUUAGCUGCUUUCAUAAUUGCGUCACUCACAUCUUUAACUGGUUUCAUAUUCGCGUGGCCAUCGUUUACUAUGGAAAUGUUUAAGUCUAAUUCAACAGUGCUAAGUGCGCCUAUGUCGACGACUCAAGUGUCGUUAUUCGGUAGUUUGACCAACAUAGGUGGUUUGAUAGCAACUCCUUUUUGUGGAUAUGCAGUGGAUAAAUUCGGAAGGAAAUAUUCAGCUAUGAUAUUUGGAGUACCUUUUGUGAUUGCCUGGGGGCUUAUAUCCAUAACUAAAUCGGUAAAUUUAGUACUAUUUUCUAUGUGGUUAGCUGGUUUUGGAGCUGGUGGACAAGGUGUAUCUUCAGUCUACAUAUCUGAGAUAUCACAAGAUUCCAUUCGAGGGGCACUGACUUCCUUUUGUGUAUCAGUAUUUUUAUUGGGGCUUCUAUUCUCCUAUAUCAUCGGAGGACAUUUGUCAUAUGACCAUGUGUUGUAUGUCCAUUUUGUUUAUUCAGCGCUCUAUAUUUUAAUGCUAAUGAUGUUAAAAGAAUCGCCGGUGUAUCUGCUAAAACGGGGAAGAGAAAAAGAAGCAGCAGAGUCAAUAGCGUUCUACCACCGCGUUAAUGUAAACUCUAUAGAAGUACAAAAUGAAAUUACGAAGAUCAAAUUACAACUAGAUCCAAGAAUAGACAAAAUAUUGCAGGGCGGUAAAGAUGUAUUAAGUUUGACAGCGAUGGAAGAACAUAAGGAUAUUAUUGUGCAAGAAAGGAAAAGUGAAUCACCUUGGCAAUUCCUGAGGCGAUCAGAAUCAUCAAAACGAGCGUUAAUAGCUGCGCUUAUAGUGAUGAGCGUGACGAUUCUCAUGGGAUCUGUAGUAAUGCAAAUAUAUGCGGAAUCUCUAUUCAAGCAGGCCAUCCCGACGAUGCAUCCAAACACUUGCUCGAUCUUGCUGGCUGUGGAUUACUUGCUUGCAAGCGCAGUUUGCGCAUGCAUGGUAGACAAAUAUGGAAGGAAGGCUCUCAUGACUACGACUUCCAUCAUAUCUGGAAUAUUUACUUUUCUCCUUGGAUCCCAGCUCCAGAAGCGUUGGGCACCACAUUGGUUCACUGCUUUCAUUAUAUACGGCUACAGUUUUGUUUACAACCUUGGAGUGGCUGUUGUACCUUUUGUGCUUACCGCUGAAGUUUUUUUGCCUGAGGUUCGAGGACUCUGUAACAGCAUGUCCAUGGCAUGUAUGUGGAUAAUGAACUUCAUCAUAAUCUUUAUCUACAAUCCAUUAGUGAUUGCCUUUGGUCCAGGAUGUACAUUCUACAUUUUCUCUGUGGUCUGCUUCUCGGGAGCCGCGUACAGCUAUUUCUGCCUACCAGAGACCAAGGGUCUACCAGCUGACAAAAUUCAGUUGUUAUUCUUGAAAAAGAAAUAUAUGAUUUAAU